GAAAGAGAAGAAAGCAGGAAUAUAAUCUAGGAUUGUGUUAGUCUUGGGUUAUCCACUUUUGCAGCUGAACUAAUACAGAACUUAAUGACUUGGCUGAUGAUAAAUGUUGCAUUAUAGACACAACAUUCUGUGACACUUGGGUGAACAUAAGCUUUCCACUGAGGUCAAAAGUCAAAACAUACUAAUCCCACCUGCUUCAAAUUCUUUCAUUUGGCUCUAAUUAGUCAUGGUAGUUGAGCUUCUAAACCAAAUUUCAUGCUUAACUUGUUGAUUUCCUAUGUCUAUAAAUUCGCUUAACAUGCUCUUACCCAACCAUCAAACUUGGUCUUGACUCUCUACACAUAACACACAAACAUGGUAGCAAGAGUUGUGGCUCUAGUACUAGGCAUGUUGAUGGUGACAAGUGCACCAUCCUACGCCCAAAUUAGCACACCAUGUAACGUCUCGGCGCUAAGCACAGUGUUCACACCAUGCGCGGGCUUCCUCACAAAUAGCAGUGGCAAUGGCACCUCGCCAACUGCCCAAUGCUGCGGCGCCCUCAAGUCGAUAACCAGUGGCGGUAUGAACUGCUUGUUCCAAUGCAAAGCCUCAGGUACACCACUUCCUGCUCCAGGACCAGUGGCUUUUGGACCGUCUCCUUCAUCACCCUCAGGAUUUACUCCAACUCCUAGUCCUCAAGCUUCUUCUUCUUCUGAUAUCCCCCCAUCACCAUCGAAUCCACCUUCUCUGGCACCAGAGUCUGACACAACUAGUAGCUCUCCUCUUCAAAGUCCCGCAUCUCCAUCAGUGGAUUCUGGAACCACAAGUACACCAGCUUCAUCCACGGAAAGUUCCCGCCCUGGUCUCACUCCAUCAUAUGCCAUCAAACCUUUCAAUGCGCCUCCUUCUCUUCUAUUCAUUGCACUUGGAGUUGCUGUUCUCAAAUUCUACUAGGUUUCUCUUUCUUUGCGUAUUCUCAAGUUCAUGUACCUAUGGAAUUGAUGUUACUAUGUAUUCUUUUGCGGCGUGGCUGCUCAUAUCACCUUCUUUUUUCGAAUCGAAGCUAUUUGUAUUGUAAAUUUGUAAUGUGUAUUAUUAUUCUUAUUGAGGUUGUUGUACGUAUGUAAUUGGGAAUGGAGAAAUAAAGUUCUUAUUAAUUAUUUUUUAUUAACUUUCUUGAGAAUUUUCCUUUCUUUUUCGGUAGUGUAAGAAACAAAUCCCAAACGAAACCAAGAUCACACAUUCACACACAAAUAAUAAUAAUAAUAAUAAUAAUAAUAAUAA